CUUUUUCAGACGAAGGGUACAUCGUCAUUUGGUAAGCGCCGAAAUAAGACACACACCUUGUGUCGUCGAUGUGGGUCCAAGGCAUACCAUCUGCAGAAGUCCACCUGUGGGAAAUGUGGUUACCCAGCUAAGCGUAAGAGAAAGUAUAACUGGAGUGCAAAGGCUAAAAGACGCAACACCACUGGUACUGGUCGCAUGAGGCACCUGAAAAAGGUCUACCGUCGAUUCAGGAAUGGAUUCCGUGAGGGAACCACACCGAAGCCCAAGAGAGCAGCUGUUGCAGCCUCCAGUUCAUCGUAAAGACUCAUCUAUUUGUUAAAAUAAAUGGUCUUAUCCAGAAAAUCUGUCACCUUUUAUCCAUGUUUUACUUGAGUGAAAUGUAGGAUUCCUGAAAAUACAUAUAUUUACACACACAAGAUGCUAUAUUGGAGCCAUUCAUUAAAAACAAUCCUUUAAUUGA